AGGAAGUGGGCUCUCUCUUCCUUCAGAUUCGUGAUGUGAUCCACGAGCAAGGGAGGACGCCAAUGGAAGGCAUCUGGAGAAAUAGCACAGGUGACCGAGAGAAGGCUCUUCAGGUCAUGCUCCAAGUUCUGCAGAGCUGUGACCACCCAGCUCCUGACAUGUUCUGCCUGUGUGGGAGGAUCUACAAGGACAUCUUCCUGGAUUCAGGCUGUGAAGAGGAUGCAAGCAGAGACAGUGCCAUUGAGUGGUAUCGCAAAGGGUUUGAACUCCAGUCAUCUCUUUAUUCGGGAAUUAACCUUGCAGUUUUGCUGAUAGUUGCUGGACAACAGUUUGAAACUUCAAUGGAACUAAGGAAAAUAGGUGUCCGGCUGAACAGUUUAUUGGGAAGAAAAGGGAGCCUGGAGAAAAUGAACAAUUACUGGGAUGUAGGUCAGUUCUUCACCGUCAGUAUGUUGGCAAGUGAUGUUGGGAAAGCUGUCCAGGCAGCAGAGAGGUUAUUCAAACUGAAACCCCCAGUCUGGUACCUGCGGUCACUAGUUCAGAACUUGCUGUUAAUUCAACGCUUCAAGAAACCCAUUACAGAAUAUUCACCCAGGCAGGAACGGCUUAACUUCUGGUUAGAUAUAAUUUUUGAAGCAACAAAUGAAGUUACUAAUGGACUCAGAUUUCCAGUUCUGGUAAUAGAGCCAACCAAAGUCUAUCAGCCUUCUUAUGUUUCUAUCAACAAUGAAGCUGAGGAAAGAACUGUUUCUUUAUGGCAUGUCUCCCCCACAGAAAUGAAACAAAUCCAUGAGUGGAAUUUUACACCCUCUUCUAUUAAGGGAAUAAGCCUAUCCAAGUUUGAUGAACGGUGCUGUUUUCUUUAUGUCCAUGAUAAUUCUGAUGACUUUCAAAUCUACUUUUCCACUGAAGACCAGUGUAAUAGAUUUUGCUCUUUGGUCAAAGAGAUGCUAAACAAUGGAGUGGGCAGUACAGUGGAGUUGGAGGGAGAGGCAGAUGGAGAUACCUUAGAGUAUGAGUAUGACCAUGAUGUGAAUGGGGAAAGAAUUGUCUUGGGGAAAGGAUCUUAUGGGAUUGUGUAUGCUGGCCGAGAUCUCAGUAAUCAAGUACGAAUAGCCAUCAAGGAAAUCCCAGAGAGAGAUAUCAGAUACUCUCAGCCUCUGCAUGAAGAAAUAGCCCUACACAAAUAUCUCAAGCAUCGCAACAUUGUCCAGUACCUGGGCUCUGUUUCGGAGAAUGGCUACAUUAAGAUAUUUAUGGAACAGGUGCCUGGAGGAAGCCUUUCUGCUCUCUUGCGAUCCAAAUGGGGACCAAUGAAGGAACCCACUAUCAAGUUUUAUACCAAACAGAUCCUGGAAGGCCUGAAGUAUCUCCAUGAAAACCAGAUCGUUCACAGGGACAUAAAGGGUGAUAAUGUUCUGGUGAACACCUAUAGUGGAGUGGUAAAAAUCUCUGAUUUUGGAACAUCUAAACGCCUUGCAGGAAUUAACCCAUGCACUGAGACCUUUGCAGGGACUCUGCAGUACAUGGCACCUGAGAUUAUUGAUCAAGGACCUCGAGGGUACGGUGCUCCAGCUGAUAUCUGGUCCUUGGGCUGCACCAUCAUUGAGAUGGCAACCAGCAGGCCUCCAUUCCAUGAGCUUGGUGAGCCACAAGCAGCCAUGUUCAAGGUAGGGAUGUUUAAGAUUCAUCCUGAAAUUCCAGAAAGCCUUUCAACUGAAGCCAGAGCCUUCAUCUUAUCUUGUUUUGAGCCUGACCCUCACAAACGGGCCACUGCUGCUAACCUACUCCAAGAAGGGUUUUUAAGGCAGGUGAACAAGGGCAAGAAGAAUCGAAUUGCUUUCAAGCCUUCAGAGAGUGUCCGGAGUGCCACUGGUACCCUGGCCCUGCCCUCAGCAGGUGAGCUUAUGUGCAGCAGCAGCAGCGAGCAUGGCUCUGUCUCCCCAGACUCAGAUGCCCAGCAUGAUGCAUUCUUUGAGAAGACCCAGGUGCCCAAGCAUCAGCUCAGCCACCUUCUCAGUGUUCCAGAUGAAAGCGCGGCCCUAGAAGACCGAAGCACAGCCUUAUCCCCAGAGGAGAGGGAUCCUGGUCUUUUUCUGCUCCGCAAAGACAGUGAGCGCAGAGCCAUCCUGUACAGAAUCCUUUGGGAGGAACAGAACCAAGUGGCUUCCAACUUGCAGGAGUGUGUGGUCCAGAGUUCAGAAGAGUUGCUCCUGUCGGUUGGCCACAUCAAACAGAUAAUUGGAAUCCUGAGGGACUUCAUCCGCUCCCCAGAGCACAGGGUGAUGGCGGCUACAAUAUCAAAACUAAAGGUGGACCUGGACUUUGACAGCUCUUCUAUCAACCAGAUUCACCUGAUCCUGUUUGGAUUCCAGGAUGCUGUCAACAGAAUUUUGAGAAACCACUUAAUUAGGCCUCACUGGAUGUUUGCAAUGGACAACAUCAUUCGCAGAGCUGUGCAGGCUGCAGUUGCCAUUCUCAUCCCAGAGCUCCAAGCCCACUUUGAACCUGCCUCUGAGACUGAAGGGGUAGACAAGGACACAGAAGUGGAAGGGGACUAUCCCUUAGUAGACCUGCUUGGCCAAGUACACAUGACACCCAGAGGUACCAGACCUGGCUCAGUGGGUAUCCAGGAGGGCCAGCCCAACCAGCAGGACCCAACUCUCCAAUUGAGCAAGCUCAGGCAAGAGAACAACAGACUUUGGGAACACUUAGUUCAAAAAGAGAGAGAGUACCAGAAUCUUCUACGGCUAACUCUAGAACAGAAAACUCAAGAAUUACAUCAUCUUCAGUUACAAUACAAAUCCAGUGGUGGUACAGAGAAUCCAGUACCUCCUGAUGAAGUGGGAACAGACAGAGAGCUUAUAGACUGGUUGCAACUACAAGGAGCGGAUGCAAAUACAAUAGAAAAGAUUGUUGAAGAGGAUUAUACACUUUCUGAUAUUCUCAAUGAUAUUACUAAGGAAGACCUAAGGUGCCUCAGACUACGCGGUGGUGUCCUCUGUAGACUCUGGCAUGCAGUCUCCCAGCACAGAAGACAAACGCAGGAGUCCUCACACUGAGCCAAGCUGGAGAGAAUACGCAAAUACCCUACCUGCUUAUUGCCAAAGCUUCUGUUCAUGUACACACAAAUCCUGCAUUUACACAGAAGGACCCCUGUUCACUUAAUUCAAGCAUGCAUAAUUUAGGUCAUCCUUGUGUAUAAACAGGAUUGUAUGUAACAUCAACCAUGAUCUAGUGUACUAAAUUCUUAGGAUUGUAUUUCAUUUAAAAAGUCAACAUACCUUAUAGCAACUGCUGGAAAGAUAAAAGCAUAAUACUUAAAUGUAAAAAAGUGUGCCUUGCAAUGGGAAUACAAGUUCACGUUUGUUAAAUGUCUAAAUGGAGAAAAUUAAAUUAUUUUACCUUUGAA